UCAUUCAAGUACGACUCGACAUAUAUGUAACGCACAGCUGACGCAGAUAUGCUUAUGUAAGGCUGGUGAUCCGACUCUGAAGUAUUGUUAAUGACCAUUUUAGAACAUAAACUGCUCACACUUACACAUCUAUUGAUUAUUUGAAGGACUGCACUUAACAAUCGACUAUUCCAUGCACUUCUGCGCGAGCGCUUCAUCGCCCUUUUGAACAAAGCUGAGUUGGAGUUGCAAGAACCCGGCCCGCCUUAAUUUAAUAUCAAGUUCAGCUUCACUAGUUCAAGAUCCAAUGCCAGGUCAGUCAUUGUGUUCAGAUACCGGUGCGAACAUGGCCAGUGAUGUUGUUGGUCUAGGAAAGCAUUCGACUUGUAGAUGUAGAUUUGGAAGUAAACAUUCAUUAUCCAACACGGUCGAUUCGCCUGGAUGCACCAUGCCCUCGCCGAAGUCAUCGACAUCACCUACGAAACGCCCCCGUAUGCAAGUACAUGUACAAAAUCACACCAUGAACGGACAUUCUGAGAUCAUGGCAGGAUCUAACAACAAUGUUGGUGAGGUACUAAAGGUGAUGGUGACUGGAGGUGCUGGCUACCUUGGGACUACCAUUGUACCUAUGCUCCUGAACCGUGGCCAUCAAGUCAAGAUCUACGAUCGUCUCAGCUGGGGUGUACAGUCUAUCCUACCUAUCGUAGGGUCUCCCAAUCUCACCGUUGUCCGCGGAGACAUCAGAGACAAGGACAAACUAGCCAGAGAGAUGCAGGACUGCAACGCUGUCAUCCAUCUGGCCGCCAUUGUUGGCUACCCUGCCUGCGAGAAGGAUCCUGAGGAAGCCAGGCAGAUCAACGAAGAAGGCACAGCUAACAUCGUCAAUAACCUUCGACCGGACCAGCGGCUCAUCUAUGCUUCCACAGGCUCGUGCUACGGAGCAGUCAACGGCACUUGCACAGAGGAAACCCCCAUCAGUCCACUCACCCUCUACGGAAGCACCAAGGCCAAGGGAGAAGAGCUGACCCGAUCAGUGGGCGGCGUCGGACUCCGACUGGCGACCGUGUUUGGCAUAUCUCCAAGGUUACGCCUUGACCUCCUAAUCAACGACCUGACCCACAAGGCUGUCACUGUGAAGCACUUUGACCUCUAUCAGGGUAGCUUCAGAAGGACCUUCCUGCACGUUAAGGAUGCUGCUAGGGCAUUCCUCAUUGCUAUUGACAACUACAAGACCAUGAGCGGCCAGGCGUACAACGUCGGCCACGAAUCUAUGAACAUGACCAAGAGGGAUGUCGCUGAUACCAUCCAAGAUCUUGUCCCGGAGUGCAAGAUCACCACUUCCAACAGCGGAGAGGACAAGGACAAGCGUGACUACGAGGUGUCAUACGCAAAGCUACGCGAGCUUGGAUUCAAGCCCACUGUCUCCGUCCAAGACGGUGUCAAGGAACUGCUCAAAGUAGUUCCCCACAUGACCGAGAACGAAGUGCGGAUCGCACGCAAUGUGUAAGGAGUGUGUGUGUGAAAAAAGUGCAAAUAUCAAGCUAUCACUUUAUUCAGAAAAGCAGGGUCCAUGUCUCUCGAUCUAUAAAUCACUGGAUAUGAAAGAGACAUUGUUAUGUUUAAAAUCACAAUAUUUUCAAUGAUUAUUACAACAAUUGUAUAACAAUAACAAUCAUGAAAUAAUAUUAUAGGUCCAUAUAGAUUUCCAAGUCAUGUUAUAGACUUGUUGGUGUUUGCAAAUGACCUACAUAUGCAGCGGUAGAGUAGAGAGAGAUAAUAUUAUAUUAACAAUUUAUAUGAUCAUUUUGAACAAUGUCCAUUUUCUUUUUUUGCAAAGUGUAGAAUGAAAUACAAGAGAACAUAGUCAUAUGCCUAGCCUGUUCAUAUACUUACAGCUGUAUUCCUAGCCCUUUAGAGUGCUUUUAAAUUGAUCCAUAUGUUAGAUACAUGUCUUCAGCUGUUCAGAUACAUUUCUCUUCAGCUGUUCAGAUACAACAUUUCUCUUUUCUUGUGGACUGGAAAUGAAUGUGAUACAAAGCAAAAGGGGGGGGGGGAGGGUGAUAAGCCCCUAAAAUGUUUCAACAGCUGUAGGAUAUGACAAGGACAAGAAAAAGAUAAACUAUUCUCAUUACUUUCAAGUAACUUCAUGCUUAAUGGUGCUGUUCAAUAUUGCAUUUAUUCUAAGUAUGAUUCUAAGUCAUUCCGUUUUCUGGAAGUACUAGUAAUUAAUACAAGCUGAAAAGGGAUGGAAAUGUGAACUACAGUAUAGGAAAGAGUUGUCUGCUGAAGCAUGUAACAAUACUUGCAUAAUUUACAUCCUAUUCAUGAUCUAAACAAUCAUACAUGUAUGUACCAUCAUAUUUUAUAAUUCUUGAUUCAGAUAAGGAUAUGACUAAUAUGUUUUUGUGCAAUGGUUGUCUGUAAGCUGUCAUGAUUAGAAAGUCUCUCACUGCAACACCAGCAUAUGAUAUAGCAGUACAGGUAUCACGAAAAAUGCUGGUAAAAUAUGACUGUCUUCACCAAAUUUAAUACAUUCUAAUGUAUUUUUCAAUGCAUUGUCUUAUCUUUACUUAUAAACGUUGAGAGUCAGGUCAUUUGGUUGUAAUUGAUAUUGCUAAGUUCAAGUGAAAGUACUUGUCUACCGAUCAUUCUUUUUAGACAACAUUCUCAAGAAGCUUGUAUUAUGUAUGCACAUUGUUCAAAGCAACCUGUUACUAGUAUUAAACGAUUGGAACUUUAAUGAAAUGCAAAACCUUCAGAAAAGUUCCAGGAAAUGCUGUAUUAUACAUCUUGUUUUAACAAAACCUGACACCUUCUAAGCUAUCAGAAUUGUAUUGCAAUUGUAAAGAAUGGGGAGUAUGUUUGAAAAAAUUGUUUGAAAGUAGCAUCUACUUUUACCUUUGAUGGAUGCAGCAUUUUUUUAACCAUCAUGAUCUGGAAAUUUUAAUCAAUGUGGAGACUAGAACUGUCCUAUCAAAAAAAAAAACAGAACUGGUCAUAUAAUUAAUUGCUACAGGUGGCAUCUGCUUUUAUGUGUGCUUUGUUUCUAUUAAAAAAAUGCAUAUUUAUUUUAUGAAAUAUGGUACGCAAUCUAGCCUGAACAAAUACAUGGAAAUAUGAAAUGGUGUACGGUAUCUCAUUUCUUACACAUAAAAUCUACGCUUGCACAUUGUGGUCUUUAUAGAGUUACACAGACAUUGCAUUUGUUGAAGUAAUGAAUGAAAAUAAACUAUAAAGAUGCUGAUUGUGCCUUCAACAGUAAGGUCUAAUUGCACCCUGAACAUUGUAUAUAGUGCACGGAGAACAACCACCAUCACUUCACCAACAGCACAUCACCAACAGCACGCAACACAGCACAACCCUCUCCAGGACAGCGUUCACGCUUUUGGGAGAGUAAUUCUUCAAGGUUCAAGGUUCAAGUUUCACUUGUCAGAUACAUGUAGGUGGCAGCAACAACUUCUAAUCAGUUUAUGAUGAUGAUAAUAAUAGUAAUAAUAAUUAUAACAAUAGUGGAGUUUUUUAUAGCACUCAUGUCUGGCACAUUGUCACUCAUGGUGCUACAUUACUUUUUCCCUGGCUUUAGCAAGGCUGCCAUUACAGCGCUCAACCAUUCCUGCCAGGAUCCAUUUACUUCACCUGGGUGGAGUUUGGCAAUUCUAGAUUAAAGUCUUGCCUAAGAAUAUAAGUCCUGCGACAGGGAUUCAUGAUUGAAGGAGGACUUGAUUUUGGACAAUCUUUUGCAUAAUUUUGCAUAAUUUUGCAGCCCCUUUGUACUUUUUUGUACGGCAGAAAACAUGUCAUAAGUAGUUUUGUUUGGAAUGUUUUUUUGUUUAAUACUUGAAAUAUUGUGAACAGUGGUUCGAACAUUCAAAAGACUAGAGACUGAAUAGAGGCUGAAGUAGUCUUAGUUGUGUAUACAUUUUAAAUGUAUUCUUGUAUCCAUGUUGGUUCAUGUGGUGAGGCAUGGGUUAGAAAUUCAGAGGUUUGAAAAGACUAUUUAAUGAGAUUAAUACUUAAAGAUAUUUAUGCUCAAAACUGUUGGUGAUGAAUACUUGAUUGGUAGAAUACACCUUGAUUUUGUGCUGUUCACAUAUUUAUUAUUCAAUACAUGCGUGCAUAUGGAUGCAAGUAACUGUAUACUUGCAAACUAGUAACUUAUUUCUUAAAAAUUUUGUUAGCCUAUUUUUUUUUAAAUUUACACUUUAACAUUCUUGUUUUUAUUGUAAACAUGCUGUAGAGGAUAUAUAUACUUUUUUUUUUUUUAUUUACAGUUGACGUGAUCGCUCCUUGUGUUUAAUUAUACGUUUUCCUUGAAAGUAAGCUAAUCAUGUUUUAUGAUGGUUUUAGUACUUCCGGUAGGUCCUAUGUGUACUCACGACAUGUCUCGUUUUUAGGUAGUUCAAUGAAAAUAAAGAAGAAAGUAAAUCUUAAGAAAA